AUGGGUCGCUCUCAGGAGAUCAGUGAAUUCAAGCGUGGUACCGUGAUAGGUUGCCACCUGUGCAAUAAGUCCAUCCGUGACAUUUCCUGGCUACUAAAUAUUCCACGUUCAACUGUUAGUGGUAUUAUAACAAAGUGGAAGCAACUGGGAACAACAGUAACUCAGCCAUGAAGUGAUUGGGGUCAGCGCAAGCUCGCCAACUGUCUGCAGUGUCAAUAGCUAAAGACCUCCAAACUUCUGAAGGGAACUCUUAAGGCGUCAGCAUACUAAGACUUCUUGGACAAUUUUAUGCUCCCAACUUUGUCGGAACAGUUUGGAGAUGGCCCCUUC